UACAGUGCUGAGAAAGGGGCUCCUGGUCUUGCGUGCUACACUGCUACCCAUUGGCGGGAGCUGAAAAGAGAGUGGGGAGAGCUCGGAAUCUGCGCCAUGGAUCUAGUAACCUAUGAAGAUGUGCGUGUGAACUUUACUCGAGAGGAAUGGGCUUUGCUGGAUCCUUCCCAGAAGAGUCUCUACAGAGAUGUGAUGCUGGAAAUCUGCUGGAACCUCACGGCUAUAGGCUAUAAAUGGGAAGACUUCAAUAUUGAAGAACAUUGUAAAUGUCCUGAAAGACAUGAAAGGUAUAUCAUCUGUCACUCUGGAUUCAAGCCAUGUGAGGAUAAGAAAUAUAAAAAGAAGCAAUGUACCCCUGUCUCUCCCAGAACAAUUAGACAAUAUGUAGUAGUCCCUACUAUGAGAAGACAUGAUGACAGUGAUACAGAUUUACAGUUAACUGGUUUUCCAACUUCCAUGGCAGCCCAUCACCAAACUAACACUGGAGAGAAACCUUAUGAGUACAAGGAAUGCAGAAAUUCAUCUGACUAUACUGGUUCACUUUGCACCUGUCAUGUGGCUCACAAAAUAGGGAAAUAUUAUGCAUAUAACCAGUGUGAUAAAACCCUGAGUUCUUCCAGUUCUCUUCUAGGAUGUGAAAAAAUUUUGAUGGGAAAAGGAAAUGAUAAGUCUGAGCCAUGUACUAAAGGCUUUAACCAUCAUAGGUAUCUUCAAACACAUAAAAGAACCAAUAGUGAAGAUCUCUAUGAAUAUAAUCAAUAUGAUAAAGACUUUAGAUCUAAUUCAUCUGCAAAAUUACACGAAAGAACUCAUUUGGAAAUUGAACUUUAUGAAGAUAAUCAAAGUGAAAAAGCCUUUGUAACUCAUAGUCUUCAUCAAGUACCUAGAUCUCAUACUAGAGAGAAAAGGUAUGGAUAUGAUCAAUGUGGUAACACCUUUGCCUGUCUUAGUUAUCUUCAAAUACAUGAAAGAAUUAGUUUGGAGAAACCCUUUGAAUGUAAUCAAUGUAGUAAAGCUUUUGCAUAUAAAAGACAUCUUCACAGGCAUGAAAAGAUUCAUACUGGAGAGAAACCCUAUGGAUGCAAUCAGUGUGGUAAGGCCUUUGUAUAUAACAGUUAUCUACAAAGGCAUAAAAGAAGUCACACUGGAGAGAAACCCUAUGAAUGUCAUCAAUGUGGUAAAGCCUUUUCACGGAACAGUCAUCUUUACCGGCAUGAAAGAAGUCAUACUGGAGAGAAACCAUAUGGAUGUAAUAAAUGUGGUAAAGCCUUUGGGCGCAACAGUACUCUUCAAAGGCAUGAAAGAAGUCAUAAUGGAGAGAAACCAUAUGGAUGUAAUAAAUGUGGUAAAGCCUUUGGGCGCAACAGUACUCUUCAAAGGCAUGAAAGAAGUCAUACUGGAGAGAAACCUCAUGAACAUAAACAAUGUGAUAAAGACUUUGCACAGAAGAGUAAUCUUCACAGUCAUGAAAGAAAUCUUAUUGGACAAAAGCCCUGUGAAUAUAAUCAAAGUGGUAAAGCCUUUGCACAGAAUAGCCAUCUUUCCCAUCAUGAAGUAAACUGUACUCAAGAAAAAUCCUAUGGAUGUAGUCAAUGUGGUAAAGCCUUUGCAUAUAACAGUCAUCUUCAAAGGCAUGAAAGAAGUCAUACUGGAGAGAAACCUUAUGAAUGUAAUAAAUGUGGUAAAGCCUUUUCACAAAACAGUCAUCUUCAUAAGCAUGAAAGAAGUCAUACGGGGGAGAAACCUUAUGGACGUAAACAAUGUGAUAAAGCCUUUGCACAGAAUAAUCAUCUUUUCCAUCAUGAAAUAAACUGUACUCGAGAAAAAUCCUAUGGAUGUAGUCAGUGUGGUAAAGCCUUUGCAUAUAACAGUCAACUUCAAAGGCAUGAAAGAAGUCAUACUCAAGAAAAAUCCUAUGGAUGUAGUCAGUGUGGUAAAGCCUUUGGGCGUUACAGUAAUCUUCAAAGGCAUGAAAGAAGUCAUACUGGAGAGAAACCUUACGAAUGUAAUAAAUGUGGUAAAGCCUUUUCACAAAACAGUCAUCUUCAUAAGCAUGAAAGAAGUCAUACCGGGGAGAAACCCUAUGAAUGUAAUCAAUGUUUGAAAGCCUUUGCGUGCAAAAGUAACCUUUACAGGCAUGAAAGAAGACAUACUUGAGAGAAACACUAUGGAUGUAAACAGUGUGGUGAGGUCUUUUUACAGAAUAGUCAUCUUCAUAGGCGUGAAAAAGUCAUACUGAGCCAAAAGCUUAUGCAUUUAAUCAAUGUGAUAAAGCCUUUGCAUGUUGUAGCAACUUUCAGAAGCAUGACAGCAUUCAUGCUUGUAAAAAGUCAUAAACCUAAUGAGUGAGGUAAAGCCUUGCAUUCCACAUACAUUUUCCCCAUUGAGCUAUCUCUCUGGGGCCUGAGUAAGGUUUGUAGAAACAGUUCAUCAUUAAAGUAAUGUCUCAUUUACAAAUUGUAAACAUAUUGUCAUCCAAGGAUUUAGGAACAAACAAUUUGAAUAA